UAUCAUCUUCAUUGCAUGGCAUUGGAUGCGAAAAAAUAAACAAAACAAACCGACAUGAUAGCACAGUUCAUGACAGCCGCUUAUCAAAACACGUGUCUUAAGUGUAGGUAAGCAUGAGCUACCUAAGAUCGGUUCGAAUAUUGGCCCGUACGGCCGCCUUUACACGAUAUCCGCACGGACCAACGUUCGGCAUUGUCCAUUCACAACGGAGACUCUUCUCCUACGAAGCCACCGUUAGUGGCAUUUGGCAAUCGCUAUCACACAGCGCUCCGGUAGCCUAUAUGCAGCAUGGCAUAAUAAACCUCCACGACCUCACCGGGCUACCCUGGUGGGCCACGAUCAUUCUCACAACGGUGAGCCUCCGUACGUUAGUCACUCUACCGCUAGCUGUGUAUCAAAACAAAAUGCUGACCCGACUGGAGCAGAUUUCGCUCGAAAUGCCUGAGCUGGUCAAAGAACUGAAAGCUGAAACGGCGUACGCAAUCAAAAAAUUUAACUGGACUGAAAAGGAAGCCCGCAUCAUGUACAACCGCUCGCUAAAGAAACAGUGGAAUAAACUAAUUGUGAGAGAAAAUUGUCAUCCCGCAAAGACGAUGGUGCUGCUUUGGGGCCAGAUACCGCUGUGGAUAGUGCAGUCGGUAGCGAUACGGAACCUAGUCUCAAUGAUGCCUGAUCCGACCGCGAUCGAGGCACAGAUCGCAUACACCGAGCUCACACUUGGUGGCUUCGGAUGGAUACCGAAUCUGACCGAGUUGGAUCAUUCGUUAAUUCUCCCCGUAACAUUAGGCAUCAUUAAUCUAACCAUCAUUGAGAUACAGGCGGCAUCCCGUACGAAACUACCGUCGAAAUUGCAGGCCAUUUUUACUAACCUGUUCCGAGUGUUGAGCGUACUGAUGGUACCGAUAGCUGCAUCCGUUCCAUCGUGUCUCUGCUUGUACUGGGUAACAUCGAGUGCGUACGGGUUGGGACAGAAUUUGCUUCUGCUUUCACCUCGCGUUCGUCGCACUGUGGGGAUACCGAUCGUCCCUUCGGAACUUACCCAUCCCUACCAACAUUUGCGCCACACGUUUGCUGCAAAGCUAGGCGUAUUAACAAAUAUCGGCUCUAGAUCGAAAACGUAAACGGCAAGAGUAAAAGUUGAAGGAGAUUUCGGAUAAUAAAACCAUUAGUCGGACAUUUUGUCUACACUGUUGUUGUACAUACAAAGCGUUUGUACAGUAGUGCA